UGUCAAGUUCGUUAUAUUUUCCUCGCCGUGUUCGUCGUGUUUCUCCAUCUGUUUUUCAACUUUUGGAUAGAAGUUUCUUGUUGAAAAAUGGCCGAAUUACCUUAUCAAGCGGAGUAUGCUAAAUCGGGGCGGGCCGGUUGCAAAGGGUGUAAACAAAAGAUUGAGCAAGGAACGUUAAGAAUCGCGGUUAUGGUGCAGUCCGCGUUUCAUGAUUCUAAACAACCUAACUGGCACCACGAAGAGUGUUUCUUCAGAAAGCAACGGCCGAAGAUCGCGAGCGACAUCGGGAACUUGAAUAAACUGCGACAUGGAGAUCAGAAGAGGAUUAAGGAAGCGAUUGAAAACCUAACUGGGAUAGUGAUGCCAGUAGAAAAAGGCAAAGGCAAGGGCAAGGGUAAGAAGAGAGCCAAUGGGGACGCUUCUGCUGCUGCAAGUCUUGCAGCCCUCAAGGAUUUCUUCAUAGAGUACUCCAAGUCGAGCAGAGCUACCUGCAAACACUGUGAUAUUAAGAUUUGUAAGGAUGAAGUCCGUAUUUCGAAAACUGUGUAUGACACAGAAAUCGGACAAAAGUAUGGUGGGCAGCCACUAUGGCACCAUGUCAAGUGUUUCGCCGAGGCCCGGGGCGAGCUGCUCUACAUGGCCGGCGGGGAGGACCUGCCUGGCUUCAACAACUUGAAGAAGGAUGACCAGAAAAUGGUUAAGGAAGCAAUUAAACCACUGAAAGGUGAAGAAGUUCCAAUAAAGAAACUAAAAGCAGAACCUAAGGAUGAGAAAGAGUUAGAAGAAGAAAAAGAACUAGAGAAGAAACUUGCAGCGCAAAAUAAGUUGUUCUUCAAGUACAGGGAUGCCCUGCAGGAUUACAGCAAGAGAGACAUCCAGGACAUUCUGGAAGCUAAUAACCAGAAGGUUGUGCCCGGCAACAAUGAAUGCCGUGACCUGCUGGCGGAUAUUAUGGCGUUUGGGGCGCUGGAACCUUGCCCCGAGUGCAAGGGUCAGCUUGUGCUCGAUACCUUUGGUUACAAGUGUACAGGUGACGUAAGCGAAUGGACAAAAUGCAGCUACGUGACUAAAGAGCCGAACCGCAAACCCAUGAAGGUGCCCGCCGCGUUCAAGGACGGCGGGGCCUUCAAAAGGUUCAAGCCGAAGAAGGGCGUGCGGCUCUUCGAGAACGGCGCGCCGCCGCCGCAGAUCAUUGUCAAGAAAGAAGAGCCUCAAGACGAAAUCAAGAAAAACAUUCCAAUCCCACCGCUGAAGAACCUCCAAUUCUUCAUAUACGGCAGGCUGAAGACCGACAAGGAGAAGCUGAAACACCACAUCCUCAAGCUGGGCGGGCUGGUGACGAGCAAGAUCACAGAUACACUCGCUGCUGUUGUGUCUUCUAAGGGUGAGCUCGAGAAGAUGAACAGCAAGAUGGAGGAAGUACAGAGGGCUGAUAUCGAGGUUGUGGAACCAAGCUUUUUCGAUCUGAUUGACCCAGAGAAGGGAUCAAUAACCAAGACUCUCGAGCUGAUCAAGGAACACAACAUUGCUGAUUGGGGAUCCGAUCCAGCAAAGCGAGUGCCACAAGAUGUAAUUGAUGGAAAAUCUAUUCAUAAGUCUGGUAGUAUGUACAAGUCCACGAAAUCUGCACCCACCAAACUGAAACUCAAAGGUGGUACAGCUGUAGACCCCGACAGUGGUCUGGAAGACGUGGCCCACGUAUACCGCGACGAUAUGGGCACUAAAUACACGGUAGUCCUGGGCAAGACAGACGUCGUGGCGCAGAAGAACUCCUACUACAAGAUGCAGGUGCUGGAAGCAGACGACAGAAAGAAGUACUGGUUCUUCCGCGCGUGGGGCCGCAUCGGAACGACCAUCGGCAGCAACAAGCUCGAAGACUGCCGCUCCGCGGACGAGGCCAUUAUGAAGUUUGAGGAGCUCUUCGAGGAGAAAACGGAGAACUACUGGGAUCCGAACAGGAAACACAUUAGGAAGGUCCCCGGUGCAUACUACCCAGUGGAGGUGGACUACGAGGAGGAGGAGUCGAAGGCGGCGCCGCUACACACCGACACGGCGUGCAAGCUGCCGAUGCCGGUUCAGAAGCUGAUCACGCACAUCUUCGACAUUUCUGUCAUGAAGAAGACACUGCUCGAGUUCGAGCUGGACACAGAGAAGAUGCCAUUGGGAAAACUGUCAAAGAAGCAAGUUAAAGCUGGAUACAAGGUGUUGUCCGAGCUGCUCGGUCUGCUGAACAAGGGCGAGGCCAGCCAGAACAAAAUCAUUGACGCUACCAAUAGGUUCUACACGCUCGUGCCGCACAAUUUCGGCGUGAACAAUCCGCCGCUGCUGGACAACGUGGAGGCCAUCAAGGCCAAGACGGAGAUGCUGGACAACCUGCUGGAGAUCGAGAUCGCCUACAGUCUGCUUAAAUCAGACGCGAACGAGACCACAAGCCCGAUAGAGUCCCAUUACCUGAAACUGAAGGCCGAGAUCGCGCCCGUGGACAAGGGCUCGCCGGAGUUCCAGCUGAUCGCCACAUACACCGCCAACACCCACGCCGCCACACACUCCAACUACACGCUCGAGAUACAGGAGGUAUUCAAAGUGGUGCGUGAGGGCGAGGAUAAGCGCUACAAGCCGUUCCGGAAACUGCACAACCGCCGUCUGCUGUGGCACGGCUCGCGCGUCACCAACUUCGCGGGCAUCCUGUCGCAGGGUCUACGUAUCGCGCCGCCGGAGGCGCCGGUGACCGGCUACAUGUUCGGCAAAGGCAUCUACUUCGCCGACAUGGUGUCCAAGUCGGCCAACUACUGUUGCACCAGCAAGAACAGCCCCCUAGGCGUUAUGCUGUUAGCUGAGGUCGCUCUGGGCAACAUGAAAGAGUGCACCGCGGCGACGUACAUCGAGAAGCUGCCGGCCGCCACGCACAGCACGUGGGGUCAGGGCCGCACGCAGCCCGACCCCGCCAUGAACAAGACGCUAGACUGCGGGACCGUGGUGCCGCUCGGCAAGCCCCAGACCAGGGACAUCAAUACUUCCCUGCUGUACAACGAAUUCAUCGUAUACGACGUGGCGCAGGUGAACGUCAAGUACCUCCUGCAGAUGAAGUUCAACUACAAGUAUUAGAGCGUCUGUUGUGUAAUCUAUGGCUACAUCACACACACACACAAGCCAUCACAUCACUACUUCGACUUACUGAAGCAACUAUUUGUAUACUCUGUAACUACAUUACUAUAGUUUGUCAACGGACUGUCUCAUUUCAAUCAUAGACAGAGAGAAUCAUACUGUAUUUAUACUGUGUCUUACACUAGUAAUAGCACCGAAAAGAAAAGGAUGAGUAUAGUUUUCCUGGUUCUUAACUGACUGACAAAUUGGUUUAAUCAACUAUAUCUUGAACUACCUUAUUAUUGUUUUAUGAACGGAACCAUCUACUUUUUAUACUGCGUUCAUGAACAGAGUCGCAAUUUAUGUUACCUUUUUCAUACGGAACUUCACGUAAUACUCCACUGGUGUCUACCUCUUUACAAAAAAUAAAAAUAGUGAGAUCAAGGUUCCUCUGAAUAUAUUGUGUAUUUUAAGACUAAUAUGAUAUGAAUGAUUGAUAAAUUGUUAAAUCUGAGAAUUGCGAUGGUAUGAUUUUUACCAGAAAUUAAUCCUCCAUUAAUGUUUGUCCAUGCCAAUCGAAGCUGGUUAUUUGUUAUGUUUUAUUUUAAUCGUUUGUUCUUAUGGCAGUGGGUUCCAUAACCAUACUUUUCAAUGGGCCCCUUUUACGUUAUAUUUUGUCGUUAUGUUAUAAAAAAACUCGUUAUGUUUAAUCGUGAAAAAAAAACGAGUAAGUCACUUUUUCUUAAAACGGAAAAAGCUGGUUACUAAACAAGAUUACGAGUGAUCUGUAUUGUUACAAUAAUUAGGCGUAAGAAUUUUAAUUUGCCUUCAUUCCAUGUAAUGAUUGAAUGAUUAAUAAAUAUUUUUCUGUAA